GUACACGUUCCGUCGAUUAAAAUUCCGUCGACUCUCGGCCGGUGCCCGGUAUACCCGCAUUGUGUAUAUAAUAUAUUGUGUGCGUUUAGUUUUUAGGCUUUUUGUCAUUGGUUUUUUACUGUUUCAAGUCUAAUGGUUUAUAGUGUGUUCGACUAAUCGCGUGCGUUUCUCAACGUUAAUAUGAGUAAUAAAAACAAUAUCAAUACCAAGUAGGAUACGCGAUCGUGACAAAACGUUACAAAGAAAACGUCGUUUGUGCGUGUGUGUAUGUUCCGAUCCAAUGUCUCCGACGGACGGCAUCGAAAGGCGAAAAAAAUCCACGUCCAACGAGUCGACCGUCGACGACAGCGGUCCGACCGACACGGGCGAUCAGAUCAGACGCGGCAUACGUAGCAUGAUGUAUACUAUACAUAUGUGUAGGUAUUCCGCGGGCCUCGUACACGCGUCGUCAUUAAUGUAAUAUAUAUUGUAUAAUAAUAGGUAAAACAAAUUAUUAUCACAGCCGUAGCGAACGAAAAUCUAUCUACUCGCUGUCGCUAUCUGCACGGGUUUUUUGUUUUUUCGUUUUCGAGUGUUCGUCGUCGUGUUUGUUCAACACUCGACACCGUACGGGCGACGCGCGGUAAAAGCGCGGCGACGGCGUCGCGAGCCCGGCAGAAGCGCCGGCGGCUUGGUUCGUUACUGACAUGGCGUUAGACGCGACGACAGACAUGACGGCCGGCGACGGGGCCCUGCGGUCCAAGUUCUUGGCCAUGCUGUUUUUGGGCGCGUCCUCGCUGAUCGCCGGCAGCGUGCCCGUGUGCGUGUUCGACCGGUUGGUGGGCCGCGGCCGGCCGCGCGUCAGCGGCGCCCUGGUCGAUUCCGUGCUCCGGGUGGUGCUCAACUUUGGCGGUGGAGUGCUGCUGUGCACCACGUUCCUGCACCUGUUGCCCGAGGUCCGGGAGGGCGUCGAGCAGCUGGCCCGGCAGAACAUACUCGACGCCGGCCAACACAGCACCGAAAUGCUGGCCGAGCUCAUCAUGUGCGUGGGUUUCUUUUUCAUAUACUCCGUCGAAGAGCUGGUGCACGCGUUCGCCGACGGCCACCAUCACGGCCACAGCCUGCACGGGUCGUUCGCCAGCGCCGGCAUCGCCAACCCCGCCUACGAGAGGAACGGCGAGAGCCGCGCCAGCCCGGCGUCCACCGCCGGCAAGAUGUCCAACUACAAUUCGUUCGCGCCGGCCACCGGGCCGCCGCCGCCCAGGAAGCCCCGGACGCCGGCCUUGCAGACGGGCGGCGCGUCGUUCUUCAGAGGACUGCUGAUCGUGGGCGCCCUGAGCAUUCACGAGCUGUUCGAAGGGUUGGCCGUCGGCUUGGAGAAAAACGCCACCCAGGUAUGGUCGCUGGCCGUGGCCGUGGCCUGUCACAAGAUCGUGAUCGCGUUCUACGUGGGCCUGCAGAUCAUUUCGGACAACACGAAAGCGUGGUUGGCCCACGGAAUGGUGUUCGUGUUCGCCGUCGCCUCGCCACUGGGCAUAGGCGCCGGCGCCCUGAUCUCCAACCUCGACAGCACCAACGAGAUGGUGGUCAUGUCCGUGCUGCUGCAGGGCCUGGCCACCGGCACCCUUACCUACGUGGUGUUCUUCGAGGUGCUCAAGCCGUCUCCGGGCCACCUGGGCGUCGGCCACAGGCUACUGAAACUGUUCUCGGUCGCCGUCGGUUUCGUCACAAUGUUGGCCGUCAUGCUCACCAUGUCCGCCGAAUAAAACCAAUACUAUGUACCUACUCACCUUUAUGUAUUACUAUUGCAAACACAUUUUGAACAUGUCAUAACACUUUUUUUUAAAACCGAUUGCUUUUGAGUAGGAUAAUAACAAUUAUUGACUUUUAUUUCGGCUGUUUUUCUUUAUUGUCUGUAAAGAAAGUAUGAACUUGAUGAAAAAUUGUAAAAAAAAAAAUGAUAUUUCGACCAAAAAACAGCGACAGUAGAUACACUGUGAUAUUAUGAUUGUCUUUAGGGCGUGCGUGAUCGUCGAAUCGUAUUAAUUUAUGUGUGUUUAAGAAUAAUAACAAUUUAAUUUUUACCAAACCAGAAUGUAUAUGUGUUUUUUUUUCUAUAUCGACCAACGAUGAUACGAGGGAGAGUAUUUUGUUUAUAUUAUUAUUAAUUAUCAGUAUUAAUAAGAAAUUCAUACUGUAAGUAUACAUAAUAUAGCCGUUAAAUUGGUAUUCGACACAUAUUAUCAUCCUGAGUGUGUAAAACGUGAAUAAUUAUUUAUUCUUUAUAUAUAUUAUGAUUUUUGUCAAUUGUCACCCAUAUAUUAUACAUACUAUGUUUUUAUGAUUUGUAAUUGACGAUAUUUUAUUAUUAAAAA